GCUGCCAAGAUGCAGGUGGGCAUGGGGUGGGGCUGAUUGAUCUUAUCAGAUUAUCAGAUAGGCUGCCGCGGCUCCACCGAGCCCCACACUUUUCAUCUCUGUACCUCCUCGGCAGCACACAGUGGAACCCGGCUCGGAGACAGGGCAAGGACAACCAGCUCAGUUGAGUCAAAUUUUGCGCAAUUCCAUUCCAUUGUCGACUGCCAGAUAGAUGGUCCCAACCUGGAAGGUCAUGUCAUCAGCCAUCAGGACCGUCUCGCCUUCCUUUACCCCGGAGCCCGUUGUUUCACACAUGGCCGGCCGCACUUUUGAGGUGGAAGGGAUUUGUCGAUCGAGCGGAUGAGAGCCUGAUGUUGGGCGAUCCAAUUGAUCCGGAAUUGAUCCAACACAUGCCCCCCGUUGCCAUGGUUGGCUGUCGGCUCGGAUACGUUGAAUGGCACCACCACCAUCACGGCUUCUGGAACCGGGGCUCUGCCGUCCGUUGUCAUACGAUCAGAUAAACAAUUUUUUUUCCCUCGUUCCGGGACUGGCAGCCAAGAAUGCGAAGCCGACUCCGCCUUCGGAGCCAGAGGGGGACUAGCCGCCGAAGGAGAUAACUGGGCACUGUUGGAGCCAGCAAAUAGGCUCAUGGCAUCCCGUCCGUCCCCGUCCGUCCCCAUACAAACUGCCAAUCUUCUCCACUGAUUUCAUCUUAUCUGAUCCGAAGAUAACGCUGAGGAACUGGCAAGAUUUGCAGAUUGCGUCAGUACACGAGCCCGUCCCCAUCCCCAGACACCCACACCGGCAGCAGGCCUUUCACAAAGGGACACCCACCACCGCCGUGAACACCAGCACACCACCACCCCACGACGAGAUCUGUUUGCCGUGUGCCCCGUCGGUUGCAACACGGUUCCACGGGGAGCCAGUGAGCACCAGGUGGAAAGAAACACAAGUUGAGCAUCAAGUUACCCCCAUCGCCUGAAAGCCGAUCCCCAGAAAACCGGCGAGGGGUCGUUUCCGUCAAUCGCAACCCGAAAUCGAUCAAAAAUUUCUCAUCCCCCCUCCCCCCCCCCACCAGCGAAGUAUUAGAUCAUGUCACCGCUUGCUCGAAGAAGAAGGGUCUCCGCAAUGGCGCAGGACGUUCCCUGCAUCACAUUGACCCAAGCUAGCUGCAAUGGCUGCCAACACUCUGUUUUGCACCCCUCAACGCAUCGACCAUGAGGCAAAAUGGGGCAUCGCGUGGUCUCAUUGCAAGGUCUAGGCGGUUACGCUAGGUUCCUGUUUCUUCGUCCCUUCCCCAUGAGCAGUGCUCCGCCGUCAGGACGACUGCGUAUCAAAACGGGAGCCGUGGCCGCCCUCAUGCCAGCCGCGACUUUCUCCUCGUUUUCUCCUUAUUCCUCCCAGUACCAAAACCAUCUUUCUCUUGGAGCCCUUCCCUCCUCCCUUUUCUGGUGUUCAUCCCGUCCCGGCGGCACUUACGUCAAUCUUGUUGUGGACGAUCUCCAGGCCCAACACACCAGCACCGGCAUCCACCAAGGAGGCCACUGCAUCGGCACGACACGAGGACACGACACACACACACCUUGUUGCGCCACAGCUUACCGGCCAGACCCACAUCCUUACUCCUUCCCCGAUACUAUUUGCUUGCCCUUGUGCGCCCCGAGACUACCCAUCUCCUAGAGACCAGCUUAUAGCGGCACCGAAACCCGACAGUAGCAUUAGGUUAUCAUGUCACCACACAGCAUCAGCACAAUGGAUGAGACCGAGGCCGUCCCCCAGCUUGUCAACGGCGCCAGCCAGUUCCCCAAGAGCCAAUAUGUUACUCCCACAGAGGUUGAUGCCGUGCACGACCUGGUGUGCAUUGGCUUCGGCCCCGCCAGCGUCGCCAUUGCCAUUGCUAUGCACGACGCCAUGGAGGCCGGCAAGCUCAAGCAGUGCCCCAAAGUCCUCUUUCUGGAGAAGCAGCCCCAGUUCGCUUGGCACGCCGGCAUGCUCCUGCCCGGCGCAAAGAUGCAGAUUUCCUUCGUCAAGGACCUCGCCUCUCUCAGAGACCCCCGCUCUCAUUUCACCUUCCUCAACUACCUCCACAAGAACGAGAGACUGGUUGACUUCAUCAACCUGGACACCUUCACUCCCGCCCGCGCCGAGUUUGAGGACUAUCUUCGGUGGUGCGCCAACCACUUUGAGGACGUUGUCUGCUAUCAGAACGAGGUGGUCUCGGUCGCUCCUGUCCAGGAGGACGGCCCCGCCAAGAUCUUUGAGGUGACAUCACGCAACAUCAAGACCGGUGUGACCAGCACCUACCGCACACGCAACGUUAUUGUGGCUGCUGGUGGCCAGGCCUCCCUCCCCGACAUCUUCCCCGCUCACCACCCCCGUGUUAUUCACUCGUCUCAGUAUGCCCAACGGGCGCCUCAAAUUCUUGGCGACAGGUCGGCCCCCGUUCGCGUUGCCGUGGUUGGUGCCGGCCAGAGCGCCGCCGAGAUCUUCAGCAACGUCCAGAGUCUCUACCCCAACAGCAAGACCUACAUGGUCAUGAGAUCCGAGUUUCUCCGGCCAAGUGACGAUUCCCCCUUCAUCAACUCCAUCUUCAACCCCGAGUACAUUGACCAGAUCUUCCCCAAGUCCGCCGCCUACAAGGCCAAGUUUCUCCAUGAAGCCCGCGCUACCAACUACAGCGUCGUCCGCCUCGAGCUGAUUGAGCACCUCUUUGAGACCAUGUACCACCAGAAGCGGACGUUGGGCGCAGAUGAGAAGAAGUGGCCCCACAGGAUUCUGGCUGGCAGAGAGCUUAUCAAGGUGGAGGACAAGGGCGAUGGACUGCGCAUCAAGGUGGCCAGACUCUCCACCACUGGUGUGUCAGAUGGCCCCCUCCUCAACGAGGAGGACCUGGAUGUGGAUCUCGUCAUCUGCGCCACUGGCUACAAGAGAACGGCCCAUGUGGACAUCCUCAAGGGCGCCUAUGGCCUCCUUCCCGAGUUCGACGUUGCCGGUGAGCAGGAGCAGGAGCAGGAGCAGAUUGGCGUGCCCAGAAAGGACCGGUGGGUGGUGGAGAGCGCCAACAAGGCCCAAGAGUCAUCAAAGCGCGUGAUUGAGGUUGGCCGUGAUUACGGUGUUCGUUUUGCUAGCGGUGCCGUGGCUCAAGGCUCCGGAGUUUGGUUGCAAGGUUGCUGUGAAGGCACCCAUGGCUUGAGUGAUACCCUACUUUCCGUUCUGUCGACACGGUCCGGCGAGAUUGUUGAGUCUAUUUUCGGAGUUUCCAGGUGA